AUGCCAGGCACAGCUAGGCAUGACCGAGAGAUGGCAAUCCAGGCCAAAAGGAACCUGUCAAAAACCACUGACCCUGUAGAAAGACUUCGCCUACGUUGUUUAGCAAGGGGAUCUGCAGGCAUCAAAGGACUUGGCAGAGUUUUUCGGAUCAUGGAUGAUGACAACAGCAGGACCCUUGAUUUCAAAGAGUUUGUGAAAGGGUUAAAUGAUUAUGCUAUGAUGAUAGACAAGGAAGAAGCACAAGACAUUUUCCGGGUAUUUGAUAAAGAUGGGAAUGGAAUAAUUGAUUUUGAUGAAUUUCUUGUCACACUGAGACCUCCCAUGUCAAAUGCAAGAAAAGAGAUCAUCAUGCAGGCAUUUAGAAAGUUAGAUAAGAGUGGAGAUGGUGUGAUAACAAUUGAAGAUUUGCGGGGGGUGUACAAUGCAAAGCAUCAUCCCAAAUACCAAAAUGGAGACUGGACAGAAGAUCAGGUUUUCAGGGCUUUUCUGGAUAAUUUUGAUUCACCUUAUGACAAAGAUGGGAAGGUCACAACAGAAGAAUUCAUGAACUACUAUGCUGGAGUCAGUGCUUCAAUAGACACAGAUGUCUAUUUUAUCAUCAUGAUGAAGAAUGCUUGGAAACUCUGA